GUUUGUUUACAACAGGUGUUCUGAGGCAAUAAAGACAUGAAAGAAAUGUAAAGUUGAUAACAAAUACUAAAUUAGGUUUAUUUUGUAAAUUGCAGACAAUAUGGAGGGCUUAGCAUUAAUAGAGCCAAAUGAACUUUAUAAUAUGCUCCAACAAGCAGCCGUUUAUUCUAAUUUAAGUGACAAUAAUUACCUUUUAUUGAUAGAUGCAAGAAACAAGAAUGAAUACAAUGAAAGCCAUGUUGUCACUGCAAAAAAAGCACCAAAGAAUAAGGAUGGUCAAUUCUUUGUACCUUUUGAUGCAGAAUUGGAAUGCAAACAGAAUGUUGUAGUCUAUGACAGUAAUUCUAGUAACCUUAAUGAAGUCACUGAUGCAACUGACUGUGGGUCACUGCUGUGGGAAAUGGGUAGUAGACAUAAAGUUAAUAUUUUAAAAGGUGGCUAUGAAGAGUUCUCGGCACUGUAUCCAUUCCUUAGAACACAGAAAAUUAUUUUUAUGCCAAAGGAGUUAGAUGAAAUUAAGCCAUAUCCCGCAGAGAUUAUUCCAGGAUUUCUGUAUCUAGGCAACUGGCGUCAAGGCAACGCACCAUACAUACAGAAAGACGUGAAGAUUAAAGCACAUAUCAAUUGUUGCGUGGAGGCUGAAACAUUUUUUCCAGAGGCAGGGCCUCAGUUGUUACAUAUUCAGGUGGAAGACUCAAAUGAGGCAGAAGUACUGGGGAAGUUUGAACUGGCUUGUAAAUUUAUAGAAAAUAAAAGAGAGAAAAAAGAGCCAGUUUUAGUGUUCUCCAACCUAGGAAUUAGCAGAAGUGCAGCUAUUGUAAUAGCCUACAUGAUGUACUACAAAAAUUGCUCAGAUAAAGAAGCAUUUGAACAUGUUAAGAAAUGUUGUAACAGUGUACAGCCAAAUACAGCAUUCCUGGAACAGCUUGAAUCAUGGAAUAAACAGCGCACUGGAUAACUCCAUAUAAACAAUGUAAUUCUGUUGCCGUCUGCUGCGUAAAUCACUUGUUAUGAAUAAAAGAAAAUAUUGUUGACAUAGUAUUUAUUAUAGAUACAUUUAGAAAACACUUCCAUA